AUGGCCUCGCUUGCUCGAUCACUCGUAAGCCUUCUCGCAACGGCCUCUGUCGCCACUGCCGGCGCGUACAACUCGAUCAUCGAAAAGGAUGUCGUCAUCAUCGGCGGUGGCGGUUCUGGUGCUCACGCUGCCUUCCGUCUGCGAGAAGACUUUGGGAAAAGCAUCAUCGUGAUUGAGAAGGAAGCAAUCCUGGGAGGCCAUGUCGACUCGUACGUCGACUCCAGCUCGGGCAAGGCCUACGACUACGGCGUUGAAUCCUUCAUUGAUGUCAAUGGCGCCUCCGACUUUGUGACGAAGCGCCUUGGAGUCGAGAUCAAGGUCCCCAGUCGGGUAUCGCGGUUAACCCGCUAUGUGGACUUUGAAACCGGCAAAGAAGUCGGCUAUACCGGCCCUUCCCCAGCUGCUUUAUCGACGGCCCUGGUAAAGUACGCUGAACUAUGCGCCCUGUAUGAAAACAUGAUUCUUCCAAGCUUCCGGGACUUUCCGGCCCCCGACGAUAUUCCUGAGGACCUACUCAUUCCCUUUGGCCACUUUGCCAAGAAGCACGGCAUUGAAGCCAUUGUUCCCAUAUUGUUCCAGACCACCGGGCUUGGCGUUGGCGACGUGACUCGUCAAAUGACGCUGGUCGUGAUGCAAGCGUUUGGCGGGCCUAUGGCACGAUCGUUUCUCGGCCAAAUGGCUUCCUUCGCCCCGGCCUCUGAACGCAACCAGGAUAUCUACGAUGCAUUUGCGAAGAAACUAGGAAAAGACGUGCUUUACUCUUCUACGGUUGUCACUUCUAAGAGAACUAAACACGGCGUUCAACUCACUGUCAAGACAUCGUCGGGCAGGCUCGUCAAGAUCAAGGCCAAGCGCUUGCUGCUGUCCAUUGAGCCCACUAAGAGCAACCUCGCUCCAUUCGACCUUGACAAGGCGGAGAAUACCGUCUUCUCCAAGCUAGACUACACCCGCCUCUACGCCGGUAUCGUCUCCAAUCCAUCACUGCCCAAGAACUACUCUCUCACCAACUUGCCCGAGGCUGCCGCUCCCAGCAACUUUCUCGCCUUCCCCGACCUUCCUUUCCUCGCACGCUUCGAGUGGAUUGGAACCGGCGCAUCCGAGGAACUCUUCCGGAUCAUGGUCAUUGGCGACCGAAACUUCGAUGGCAAUGACGCGAAGAAGCUGGUCCAGAAAAAAUUUGACACCCUUGUUAAAAGCGGCGCAGUUGAAGCGUCUGGUUCGGCCAAGAUCAAGUUUGUUGCUUACGCGCAGCAUGGUCCCAUGCAUAUGCACACCUCGGCCGAAGAAAUGAGAAAGGGCUUCAUCCAGGAUCUGUAUGCCCUGCAGGGUCUGCGGUCAACCUGGUGGACUGGCGGAGCCUGGGUUGCCAACUUCCAAACCCAUCUUUGGUGGUUUAACGACCUUUUGCUGCCCAGGGUGAUUGAGGGCUUGUAA